UUAGCUCCUUCAUGGCUGGAACAGAAUCAAGAAGGAAGACCUCCGGCUCGAUGGGUCCAGAACAAGCUGUUUCUGCAUCAAUCACAUGCUGCAGGGUUUUCACCAAGCGAGGUUACGGGCGAGGAUGGACAGGUCGGUGGGGAUGGUUAUUUCGAUGAAGAGAUGGAAGAAGACUAUGACGAGGAGGAAGCCGAGGAACAGAACGAGAUGAACUUUUUCAGUCCGAGCUUGUUGAGUCACGUCAGCGUGCAGUUGAGGGAUCGGGUUGAGAGGAAUAGCCAUAUCAAGGGAGGGAUACCUUGGCCGAAAAGUUUCACAGGACGGGAUGUUAUCACCACUAUUCAGUCUUUCAUGCCAGAGCAUACCCGGUCGUCCAGCAACGAUCGGCGUUUCGCCGUGACUGUGGCGCACUCGCUGCAGAAACAGCUGUUGUUCGUCGAGGUCGACUGGGACGACAAACCGCUCAGCGACUCGAUCGAAGACGUUUAUCAGUUCAUGAACGAGAUUGAGGGGUUGCUCGGCAGUACCUACGAGUUUCCGACAGGCGUCGAGACCAUGGCGACCAAGUGUUAUAGUCCUAGUUGUCAAGGAGCAGGUACGGGAGGAUGUUACUCGCCCAUGUGUCCAUACAAGAUCAGUCCGGAAACGUUCCUCUCGUCGACCAAAGCGACGAGCACUUCUCAGAGCACGACGUCGGCAAGAGAACCGAGAGCGCAGACCUGGUCUCGGCGAGUGGAUCAAGUGCUUAUCGAUCAGAUGUCCGAGUCGGAGAAGAAACGUCAAAACAUCAUAUACCAAGCUAUUCAAGCUGAGGAGCAGUAUGAAGCCGAUUUAAAUGCGGUGGAGACGCUCUUCAUCAGCCCGCUCAGGCUAGCACAGCCUCCUGUCAUCAGGUCGCUCAAGGAUCUCGAGGAUCUGAUUUCGACCUUGUUCGGCAAUAUCCUCGAACUGAGGGCUGCCAACACGAGUCUGCUGGAGUUCUUCACAGAGAGGCAACGCGAACAAGGUGGAAUCAUCAGUACCAUCGGCGACGUCUACCUGACAGCGGCUGCUGAAUUUCGAAACCUGUAUCCGGAUUAUAUUGGUCGAUUGCCAAGAGCCGAGGAACGUCUCAGGGAAGAAUUGGCAAACAACUCGAAUUUCAGGUUCUUUGUUGACCGAGUCGUCAGGCAGAACGAGAAUCGCCGAAUGGACAUCAAAUACCUGAUCACACGACCCGCUACACAGCUCAACCGAUAUCCUCAAAUCUUGGAGGCCAUCCUCAGCGAAACGUCCCACGAGAGCCCCGACGCGACCUUCCUGGUGGAAGCGAUCAAGGCGAUUCGAAACCUGAGUCUAACCGCCCAGCUAAAAGUGUGGCAAGCAUCGGCCAACCGAGAAGAGAUUCCGCCUACGGAAGAUGCCUUGGUUCAGCGCGAGAGGGUCGCACAUCAGGCGAACAUGCUGGACAAGCCUUGUACGAUAUGGGAGUUGAUCCAGGGAGAGAUGACCUAUGUGGCGGAUCUGCGGGUUAUCGAAACGGUCUAUAUCGACGGUCUUCGCUCGGCAGAUGAACCGAUCGUGGACAGACUGCGGCUAGAGAUCUUCCUUGACGAUGUUUUUCACAACUAUCGCAGCCUCCUGGAGAUUCACACCGAUCUAUUGGAAAAGCUGCACGCACGACAAGAGGAACAACACCCUCGUGUCGGGUCAGUCAGUGAUCUCAUUUAUGAUGCUGCUCUGCGUUGGCAGGAUGCCAUCAUCGAAUACGGGAGCCAUUAUCCGAAAGCAAAGUAUGCUUGGGAACAGGAGCGAAGGACGAAUCCAAAGUUUGCGACCUUUUUAGACCAAUGCCGCAAUGCCUCUGGAACAAAUAGGCAGGACAUCGGACAUUUCGCAUACAGACCGGUGCCGCGUCUUCUGCGAUACACUCUGCUACUCAAGGACAUCUUGAAACACCUUACUCGGACGGACCAGUCGGACAACCUCGAUAUAUUCACGAUUCCGGAGGUCGUCGAACUAAUCGAUUCCCAAGGAAAGCUUAUCGAAAAGGGAGUGGAAGAAUCUUCGGCCAAAGUGUCGCUAUGGCAGCUUCCAGACUCGCUGUCUGGAGGCAAAUUCGGCAAGGAAAUCGUCAACGACCUGGAUCUGACCAACCCCAUGAGAGAGCUCGUCCACAAGGGUCGUUUGCUACGUCAACCCGAAGGAUCGAUCGCGGCUUCGUGGUCUGAACUGCAUGCUUUGCUGUUCAACAACUUUUUUGUUUUAACAAAACUAGGAAAGUCGAAAACCAGCUCCAACGUACCACCUCGGUAUUACAUCAAUCGGAAGCCUAUUCCCUUAGAACUCCUGACGCUCGGAAGUUUCCACGACCCUCCACAGAGCAGACGGGUCGGCCUUUUGAGGACCUUCCGAAGCGAACGGCAUGAGAGUAGCACUACACCGGCGUCCGAUUCGGAGUCUAGGACGGUGUAUCCCUUUACUUUCAGUUUCAUGGGAUCGGGGCAAUUGGGUGGGCAAUAUACGUUAUGGGCCGACUCCGAACUGAGUAGGAAGGAAUGGCAGCAAAAAUUGCUUCAUGCCAAGGCGUUGCGUAGUACUGUCGACAAUCGGGAAUUGGUAGCGAUCGGUUGCGCGGAAGGGGUUUGGAUUGGGUUGAGGUCGGAUCCGCGAUCACUUCGAAAAGUCUUGCAUGUAAAAGCAGUCACGCAGUGUGCUGUGCUCGAGCAGUUCAGUCUGUUCCUUGUGCUAUCCAACAAGACCCUGCUUGCCUAUCCCAUGGAGUCGCUGGUACCUUCGAGUCAUUCGACGGGUCCACCUCCGAGAGGUCACCAGAAGCUGAGCGAUAAGCACGAAGUGCAAUACUUUGCUUGUGGCCAACUUAGCGGACGCACUCUGGUAGUCUAUCUGCGCAAGAAAGGCCUCAACAGUGUCUUCCGUUGUCUGGAACCUAUAACCGGACGAGAGAUGGACGAGAACCGGAACCGACGAGCGUUUACACAUUUCCUCAAUGCCAAGAACGAUUGGUUCCGAGUGUACAAGGACUUUUUCGUACCGUCCGAGGCCUUCCACGUACAUUUCCUCCGCAACAAGCUCAUCGUCGUCUGCCAGAAAGGUUUCGAGAUCAUCGACCUCACCGAGUGCUUCCUGCUCGUCUAUGAUACGUUCGGAUUCUUUGUUGAUCGUCACGGAUACCCGAAUCGAGACAUGAGGGCGAUCGAGUGGGAGGGACGACCCGAGAGCGUUGGCUUCCACCCGCCUUAUGUCGUGCUGUUCUCCGCGCCUUUCAUGGAGAUUCGCCACAUCAGCGACGGCAGGCUGCUCCAGAUCUAUUGUGCCAAAGACUUGAGGUGUUCUUGGGAUCGCAAGGCAGAUGAUGCGAUACUGAUCGUACGGAUCAAUCGCAGUGGAACAAGUGCAAACCCGGAACACGGCGUCCCAGUUCCAGGACCAUUGGGCUACACGGAGGACAUGAUCUCGCCAGAGGCCCGGCUGCACAUCGUUCAACGGGCAGACAACAGUCGCGGCCAGCCUCGAAACGCCAUCAGCCAGGAUGUCUAUGAGCUUUGUCCCACUUUGUUGCUCAAUAACCCUCUACGAGACCUGUCGACCCGCGAUAGCACGUACUUUCAACCCGCACCCGAAGUCCAUUACGUGAGUUCGCGACCAAGUCGCUCUUGA